AUGGUUAACAGACGGAUAAGCAAAUAUAUGAAAGAAUGUGCACUUAGCCUCUGGGAUCAGGGUUGGGAGCUCGAGAAUAUCUGCGAGGCGCUGGGUGUUUCUCGCUUUCGUUGGCGAAAGAUCUUUGCAGAACUCGGCACUGUUGUUAAGGGCCCUUCUCCACUCGUCAGCCGCACACGAAUGAUCAUGCGCCGAGCACUCAUGACGGCGAUCGAAGACCUCUACGCCGAAGAUUCAGACCUCUUCCUCAAUGAGCUCAUCCUUAACGCACAAUCUCAAUCAAGCUGGCCUCUCUCGCAAAAUGCUUCAGAAGAUUGCGCGUUCAAAGAUAGUCUUCAGAAUGACUUCGUCGGCGAUGGCUCGGAGUUUGUCGUCCUCGAUGAAACUAGCAAGAACGAGCGUACUUACGCGUGGCGUUACAGUCGGGCACCCUAUGGACAACGUGCACAGCUUAGUGAUGUAUUUGUUCGAGGAGACCGCUAUUCGCUAUGUGCUGCCAUGACGGCAGACAGCUAUCUUGCAACACCUGCUGUUGAAGGUUGGUUUGAUGCACAAGAGUUCUACGAUUUGUGA